GCGGGGGCCGCACCGCCCCUUCCCCCCGCCGGGGCCCGCCCUCGCCCUCGCCGCCACCGGAGACCGGCGGCCGCCCCAUGAGUCCGGCGCGGCCGCCCCGCCGCUGCCGGCGCCCAGGGGCCCGGCUGGGGCUGGGGCUGCGGCUGCUCCUCCUGGCGCUGGCCGGGGCGGCGGCGGGCAGCGGGGAGGCGCCGGCAGCAGGUAGAAACUGUAGCUUUUUGCAGGAAAUGGAUGUCAUCCAGAAACAGGAUGAAAACUGUUAUUGCUAUGUGCAAAACAGAACCAUUUACUUACAGUACGUUUGGUCGACUCUUCAGGUAGAAGUUAACAGCAGAGAAAUGUUCAGGUUUGAGCCUAUUUCAGAAAAAAGCAACUGUCGUAAUUCAGAAAAUGUUUUUGAGUUUGCUGUAUGUGCUGUUCAAAUCUUCUGGAAACCAGAGACAUCUACAGAAACUUCCAUAAGCAUAAAACAAUAUGGAGAGGAUAUUUGUUUCAAAAUACAGCCCUUCAAACCCAAACUGUACACUGUGAGUGUGAAACGAAAAAUGCUAGAUGGAAAGCUCUUGUUUUUGUUUGUAGCUGGAAUUUUUCUGUUCCAUUUUGCAAACAGCCUGAGCAGGAGUACCAAGUUCUUUUACCUUUCUGGAAUGAUACUGGGUGUUUUUGCUCUGCUAGUCUUUGUUCUGUUGACACUUAAAAGGUUUAUUCCAAGGCACAGUACCUUCUGGAUCUUAAUGAGUGGCUGCUGGAUGUCAUCCCUCUAUUUUAUUUACUGCUUCAAAGAGAAUAUGCAGUGGUUGUGGUCAGAACACAGAAACUACUUGUUGGGAUAUUUUCUGGCUGUUGGAACUGCCAGCUUUGCCACUUGCUAUCAUCAUGGACCACUUACCACUGAAAUGAGCAUAACCUUGUUCACGUGGACUCUACAAUUAACAGCCUUUGUCUUGAUUUAUUUUGGUGUCACCAUACCUCAAGUUGCAUAUGCAGUAAUAGCAGUCAGCCUCUGUUCAAAAGGCCUGUGUUACCCCCUCGGUGCUGCUUGUCACAUAGGCAGAAAAAUUAAGAAUCACUUUAAAUCAAAAAAGCUGCUGUUUAAAUACCUUACUGAAGAGGAGUAUCAGGAACAAGGUGAAAGAGAAACUAUCAGAGCUCUGGAGGAGCUACGCUCAUUCUGCAGGAACCCAGACUUCCCAUCGUGGUUAGCUGUAUCCAAACUCCAGUCCCCACAUAGGUUUGCAGGUUUUGUUCUGGGAUCUCCCCACGUUUCACCUGCAGAAACAAAGGCACAUGAUGAGGAAUACGGGAUCGGGAGCUUCUUCCUGGAAGAGCAGCUCUUUGAGACAAGGGCAGAAUCUGAGCGAGAUGAUCCAGCCCAUUCCAUCCACGAGGGAGAUGAGGAUGAAGAGGAAACACAUAAACAAAUUUUGUUUCCAUAUGCUACUGAGUUGCUCUGAACUUCGGAAAAUAACGAAAGAAAGGCGGGGAAAAACAUAUUCUUCGUAGAAAGGAAGGAUACAGACAGAACUGACACUUGGUAAUUUCUUGUGGUUGCUGGUGGACAAACAAGGAUUUUUGAAAAAAAAUGUUUCCUGUAUCACUGAUGCUUCCUGACUAGAGCAACAGAAGGAAACCAUAGGGACUCUUCAAGUGAAGAGGAUUCUUAUGCUAUUGGUACUUUAACUGGGGAAGUAAACUUUGCUUCUUUCCAAAGCAAGUACUGGCAGCAGCCUGUCCCACCAGGAUGCCUUUUUCCCAAGGAUACUACCUCUAGAAAACAGAGAAUCUGUUUUGGCCCUUUUCAUUGUCAAGUCCUCUGUGCUGAGCACUAGAAGGAGGAGAAGCCAUUAUUAAUACUCUACUGAGUACUCAAUCUGUCAAGAAUUUUAAUAAUGCUGUUAGUGUGCUGAUAAAGUAUUGUUUGUGAGGCUUUUCAGUGCUGAAGAUCAAUAGAGAGUUAACAGUUGAACAAGGUUUGUUCGCUUUUCUGGCCAGGUUGCCUGUCCAUUAGCUUCAUUUCACCUCUCCACAUUUGUUUCAAGCUCCUCUUACUCUUCUGAACCCUGCCUGUCUUUUCAAGGGACUUUUCAUUGUUCUGUUUUGCCUGACUUCAUUGUUCUGUUCUUGGUCUCUGCUUGUUACACUGCACUUUGUUCUUUUCCAUGUGUUUGUUUCUUCACAUAUUCUUCUUCCCUCUCCUACGGGUCCCUCUGCUGAACCUUUCUUCUGUCCUCUGCUUCUCCAUUUCUGACGACAGAUGAUUUAGGAGAGGAUUUCCACCCCCAAAUGUAUUUUUACUAUUACUUUCAAUUUCACUGUCACCUUACUUCCAAUGGGUGCUGCUGUCCAUUCCAGGCCACUCAACAGCCCAGAAAAGAUAACGAGGGCUGAGGCUAUUUCAGCUCCUUGGAGGAGCUGCUGUCAGCAGAGCCAGAGUGAUGCUGUUAAUGCACAUAUAGCUCCACUGUCCUCAGAGUUCUCAGUAGUUUGCUCAUUCAAUAAAAAGCCAAAAGUAAUUCCUGGCAAAACAAGGAGGGAAGGACACCUGGCUCCUACCUCCCCUUCUUCAGCCCUCUUUGAGACAUAGCACAGGAGAUGUGUGGGGAGGAAAAGAAAAGAACAAGGAGAGAAAUUUAGACAAUCUAAUGUCUUUCAGCUUAUGUAUUAUUACACAAUCCUAGGCUAGGAAGUAAUCAUGCCCCCUCAGUUCAUCUACCUGCAGAGAUCAUUUCCUUUUGUUCUUUAAACCAUCCCUAUGUUCUUCUGUCCUCACUUUGCUGUUUUCUUUUACUGUCUUCCAAACUGCAGAAGACAAAAGACCAUUAAUUCUGUCACCAUCUGAUCUUACAAACCCACCAGGAAUUGCCAGUGGUGGGAAGCAGUUAGCUUUCCAGCAGGGCAUGUCAGACCAGGCUAUAUUUGCUCUAAAAGGGAGAUCUUUUAUUUGUAAUGUGCCUAGUGAUGCAGCGUGACUCAGCAGUGCACGCACUAUCGUGGUUUCUCAUUGUCCAUCUCAGGACAAGGGAGAAAAUCUGUUACCUGUAACAGCACUGAGAAGUGCUGCCUUACCACAUGCCAGGAGCUCCUAUGUACCAAACAGGACUCAGAAUUGGUACUUGAAAGCCUGACUUACAUGGUCCUUCCUCCUUUAUAUUGCUUCAGCUUUGCUUCAUUUGAAAAGUAACUCUUCCAUUUUACAGUAAAGAGACAGUUAACAGCCUUUUGUGCUGUAAAUUUAUAAAUAUAUAUGCAGAACUUACAGCCGGCUUAGCAGAGAGAAGCCCUGUCAAGCAGGUGAUCCAAAAUACACUCACUGUUAAGUCCACAACAUUCAAGAACAGCGCAAGAGAGUUCUGCUGAGGAAGGCCACUAGCAGUAAGAUUCACCUCUAAGAGGGGCUGCUGCUACCAGAUUCGCAGCUAAAUUGCCACAUGUGCUCUGGGAGUCAGGCUUGGCUUGGGGGGGUCUGUCACUAGCAAGCAGCUGUUGUGAAAAGAGGAAAGCCUCAUUAUCUUUGAUAGUUCGGGAGAAGGAUGGAAACUCCUCUCCCCUCCCCCCAAUGAUCUUAGCAGACUAAAGAUUUCUUUUACUUUUGCCUGUGUUGCCAUCAUGAAAAUGAAGUAUUUAAAAUUAUUACAAAUUAGUCAGAAAAGGUGUCUUAAUGUUAAAUGGGUUUUGCAUGUUAUUUUAAAAUACACAUUUUUUUUCAGUGUACUUUGUAAUUAGCUAAAAACUCCCAUCCAUGUGAAUUGAGGCCAAGGGGGAGAAUGAGAUUUGCCCUAGCUUAAACCCCCAGUUUUUUCUGGAUUUCUGGUCUUUACCAAGGUACUGAUUAUUAUCCUUCCAUAAGUACAUAAUAUGUAUUUAUGUACAAUGGCCCAGUUAAUAUAUUAAGGUAAUACUUUACAUAACCAGUAUGUUAAAAAUAAAAGCCCUCCAAAAAUAGACAAUUACGUUUUUCAGACACUGUCCCUUUUUCUAAAUCAUUUAGAACAAUACCAGGUACACCUAACUCCAACAAGGGGGAAAAAAAAAAAAUCAGCUGACAUUUUAUGUAGUUGUGAAGUCCGUCAUUUGCCAGGGAUCAGCAAAUACUAUCCAAAGUGGAACAGGAAACUACUAAGUACAUCCAAGACAGAAGCGCAGGAACAUAGGAGAAAUAUGACUACUUUAGUGGAUAGCUGAUACUGACCUUAAAAAUUCUCCCAAGCCUGUUCCAGCAGUGGAAACAUUUUGUAAACAAAACCCACCCAAACCAACUGCUGUUGAACCCUUUGCCAACAGUGAGUUUACUUGCAUGGUGCUCCUGUGAUAGAUAGAUACUACAUAGGUUUACUGAAACACAAUUGUUAAGUACUGUCCAGUGUUCAGCUAGAAAAUCUGGGGGCAGAAUCUAGAUGUUAAUCCAUUGCCUUAACUGUUAGAAAAACCUUUCUGCCUUAAUGAAGGAUGAGUUACAUUUAUCGUCUGUUUCGUGGUGUUUAAAAAAGGGUUAGAACUUCACACUUAUUUUGUGUUCAUGGUACAGCAUACUUGAUAUACUGUCUCGUACUUUCAAGUUUUUUUUAAAUAAAAAUAUUUUUCAACUA